AUGGAUGGAGAACAGCCCGUCCCUUCACCCCCCAUGCCCUUCGAGAACACGUUGUUGGAUUCUAGCAUGUCUCUUGAGCAAAAGACCACAUUUGCUUUUGUGAUUUUGCUGUUUAUUUUCUUGGGCAUCCUCAUUGUCAGGUGUUUCCGGAUCCUUCUGGACCCAUAUCGGAGCAUGCCAACCUCGACCUGGGCUGACGGACUUGAAGGCCUGGAGAAAGGGCAGUUUGACCAUGCCCUUGCUUAG